GGUCGUCCGGAAAAUUCACCCCCCAACACACACACACACACACACACACACAUACGCAGGCAGUCGUUGGCGUCGGCGAGUUUCACGCAGGCGGCUAGUCAGUGGCGGACGAUACACACGGCCAACCACAGCUCACAGGCUUAGUGCAGUGCAAACCGUCCAGCAGGACACAACACAAUCAUCUAGACUAGUCUAGGCCAGUAGUAGCAGCAAGUAGCAGCAGCAGUUCUCCAAAGAUGGACGGUGUUGGUGACCAGAAGGCGGCCGAGCCGCUGUACGCCCGCGAUGCCGAGACGGCCGACGGUGGCAUGUUCGCGAAGAAAAAGGAGGAACCCAAAUGGGUCCGUGUGAUCGUGGUGUGCAUCUAUCUGUUUACGGUGUCGUUUGCCGCGCUGCUCCUCUCGCUCUACUACAUCUUCUUCUGGACGCCGAAGAUUGAGCCGUACGAGGACGACAGCCCCGAGCGGUUAACGGGGUGCGAUCAGGACGAUUAGCGCGGGAGUCGGCGCAGUCACACUCCCCACCAAUCAAUCCUUUCCCGGUUGCGGAUGCAGCAGAGCAGUUACUUAGCUUUAAGGAGUUUCAAUUCCAAAUUCCACUUCAAAACUGGCAAAACAUCGCUCAUGAUUUAUUUUCCCGCCAGGGUUCUGAUACCGAGCACUAAUGCUGAUGAUUCGCUUCUCGUUAUUUGUCUGCUAACGAGACACACUGACACACCGAGCGGGGUUCCGAUGCGAUAGGCGGCCAACGGGGGAACGGCACACAGCAGCAGCAUGAGCUACACGGCCGAGGAGAAGAUAAAGCUCGCGGGCGAAGACUCGAAGGAUCGGCUGUACGAGGCGAAACAGAACCAGAAGGCGAUACGCAUCCUGACGGUGGCGGCGUACGUGCUGUGCGUGUCGCUGGUCGCCAUCAUGCUGUCGCUCUACUACAUCUUCUUCUGGGAUCCGAGCACGAACCCGAUGCAGCAGAAAACGCAAACGAUCGAUACCCUUAUCAUACCGGACCAUCUGGCGAUCCGGCUGGCGAACCGCAGCGAGGUGCCGGCGAGCCGCUUUUUCCACACCUUCUACCAGCACCUGGUGCAGGAUCGCGUUGUCAAGAUCCGGAAGGAGGUGCAGAUCUCGGAGUCGACCAAUCUCACCAAACUGAUCGAGCUGUACCAUCAGCAGCAGCAGCAGCAGCACCGUCCGGGCAAGCAGGUGCCGCCCGACGGUCCACUCUCCUACCAGGUGCAGGCGGAACAGCAGCCAGGCUCGGCCGCGAGCGAUGGGCCCCGGCUGCACACGGACGAGGACGACGGUAGCGACGAUUACGAGCAGAGCGGCAACUACGAGCUGUAUUCUAACCACACCACCAUCCAGCUCGAUGCCGACGAAACCGGGCCGCAAUGAGUGGCCAUUCUCACUGCAUUGCUUGGCGCCCGCAACAGACGCACCACCCCCGGCUUAGUCACGACUCACACACACACACACACACACACACACACGCAUCUCGGUGCGGAACUAUACAUACAGGAAUUGCGCGCACACGUUUUCGUACGAUUUUAAUGCACCAAACACCACCCCACACACGUAACUGCUACAAACUGAGGAAGAAGAAACAAAUAUUAUAUACCUAUAUAUAUACAUAUAUACACGGCACCGACAGCAGAACAGGGAAGGUAUGCGCUGCAUGUGGUGACAUGAGGGACGGACGAGCGCGGGCGCGUAUCCUGCGCAUGGUUUGUUGUGCGCCACGUGCUGACGCACGCAGAUGGGGAGAAUGGUACCAGUGGAGCAGUGUAACUUUGUGGCCUAAAACCGAAUUAACGUGCGUGCGUGUGUGUGUCACUAACCCAACCAAAUGUGUAAAAUGCAAAACAAAAAACAAAUCUCUAAAAACGGACACUCUUUCCCAAUCCAUCCGAGCGGACCGUGCCAAGGCCGCGCGGUGUAAGGCGAGUUGGGCGGUGUAACUCUUGCAAUCAACUGCACACCCUGCAGGAUGUACAGGGAAGGUAGGGAAGGGAGCACACCAUACAAAGACAGCAGCUAUCGGUUGUACCUUCCCCCCCACGCGCCCUUUGGGCGUUUUCCUCUCGCGCGAAUGUUUUAAACGUGAAGAUAUUUAACUAUAUUAACGGAUAGCGUUUUAGUACCUUUUGGACGAGCUAGCAAGUUUAUAGCGAGCGAGAGAGAAAGAGAGAGAGAGAGAGAGAGUAUAGUUGUUCUCCUGUUUGAUUGUAGAGCCCUCUAGGAGCACGUGGUUAGGAUAGUAGACACCACCGAAACAAUAGGUCUUUUCUGCAUCCGCUGCCUGUCGUCCGGUUCGAGCAGAGAGUGAUUGCAGCAGACCAUUACACCAAAGACGAAUGCUUUAGGGAGCUUUGUUGAAAGUAGCACACAUUUACCAAUGGAGGCACACUUGAUUGAUUGAGGAGCUCGUUCGACAGCAGCAGCAGCAGCAGCAGCAACAGCACUUCAGCAUGAUUGUAUAUCUAUUUAGCCUAUACACACCCACAGACACACAUACACAUAGGUAUCACAACCCAGCAACAGCAGCAUGGAACCCCAACAAUGAAACCGAACAACAAACCGUACUCAACAUUUGACUUGUAUGAAACAAUAAAGCGUUUUUCGUUUUUACUCUGCACCGCACAGUA